AUGUCUCAAUCAAAUAAAAGAAAAAAAACUAUUAUAACAGCUAAACAAAAACAAGAAAUAUGUUUAAAAAAACUAGCAGUUCCAGCACCUACAAAUAAAGACUUGGCUCUUGAAUAUUCUGUUGGUGAAUCAACUAUACAUGAUAUUCUUAAAGAAAAAACUAAAUCUAAAAAAGAUGGAACUCCAACACUUUUAACUGCAGUCACUACAAAUAUCAAUACUAAUUCUAGUACUAUUAGUACUGUUAGUACUAAUUGUACAAGAGAAAGUAGUCCUAUUAAUUAUAAAAAUCAAUCUACUACAAUUUUUCAUAAUAGUAUUAUUGCUACUAAUAAUGAAGGCGCAACUACUCUUCAUAAAAGUAGUACAACUAAUAUAAACAAUAUGACUACUAUAAUUCAAAAUAAUAUUAUUACUAUUAAUCAACAUG